GUCCAAAUCCUCCAUGGCUUCUUCCUCUCAUCUCCUUCUCAUUGCCCUCCUUCUUCCUGCUCUCCCCGCCUUCUCCAACGCCGGCAAGAUCGCCGUCUACUGGGGCCAGAAUGGCUACGAGGGCACCUUGGCGGAGGCAUGCAACACCGAUCUCUACGGAUACGUCAUUCUCGCCUUCCUGACCACCUUCGGCAACGGCCAAACCCCCGUCCUCAACCUCGCCGGCCACUGCGACCCUCCUUCAGGCACCUAAAGAUAUCUCAGCGCCGAGAUAAUUUUCAAUGGGUGAUCGAUAGCGUAAGAGAAGAUCCCACGACUAAAACAACAAUUAAGCUAUAUUCCGUUAUAUAAGAUCUAUUAUAUAGAUCUUUAUGUCAUUGGAUCUGACCCUGGUAAAUUAUCAAUUAUAUUCAAAUAAAUCAGAUCUUAUGUUAUUAUUAUUAA